AUGAAGAGAGGCCUGCCGUCGCCUGCUGAAGUCAAGCGGCCAAAAUUUCAGGGGAAGCGGGAUAACGUUGAUGGGUUUCUGACGUAUGUCAAGAGUGUGAAAACUAUGCUUGAGGAAAAUGCAGCUGAUGGAUUUGAUGCGAUUAUGAUUCAGGCAUUGGCAAGGCAGAUGGUGAGGCAGCUGGAUCUUGAGACGUUUCUCAAUCUUUCUUGCGAACAAGUGUGCAGUAGGAAUAUAGAGUUCCUUCUUAAAUGUAGUUGCGACGAGCUUGUUAAAGUUUUCCACGACAUACGAGAUGAAGGAAAGAAUAAUGGCGCGGGAGACGUCGCGGGAGACGGCGGAGAAGAAGACGAGUUGGCGCUGAAGAAGACUUCGUUAUUGAAGGUCUGGAAAGUAUUUAUUUCUUAUCUACUCAACAAUCAAUGUGUGGAACUAUCUAAGAACCAGUAUGGUUCUCAUACAGUAGAAUGUUUAUUGGUUUGUCUCAAGAAGAUAUUGGCUAGUUGUAAUGAUGAGGAGACGCUGAAUCAUUUUGACAAGGUCAUGCUAACGCUGCUGAAGGAAUCUUUUACUUUUCAAGACCGAUUGUUCUGGAUAAUUCUGUUUGAUGUCAGGGCGACAUUCGGCCUCCGGAAGCUGGCAGAUACUGUUGGGGCUUUCAAGUCCUGCAAUGAGAGCGUUAAGUAUUAUAUUCGUUUCUGCGAUAAUGUGUUCGAUACCGAUAUCGAACGAAUAUUGGAUGACGCCUAUAUGGAUAGCAAAGCAGGACCGACGAUACAGCAGAUGCUGCUCGCAUAUAUAAAUCUUUUAUCAAGCAGCAAUAAGCAAGUAGCUCGAGUUAAGGCAAGGUUAUUAAAGAAAUCGAGUCAUGGUAAAAUUGAUGGCGAAUGGCUAAGAAAUUUGAUCUUGAAAUCUUCGGUUGGUAAUAGAAUGAUUGAAUGGCUGGUCAGUAAUAAGAUGCUGCUUGAUGAAGACGUUAAGGAAAUAUACAAUGACUUUGUAAUUUCUAAUUUGAAUGAGAUGGUUCAGAGCAAUGGAAAAUAUGUUCUAAAGGCAUUGCUAUUGAGCUACCCGCCCAAUAACAAGCAACUGAUUAAAAAUAUUAUCGUGACAGUUAAUAUGGACAAUUCGAUGUUAUCACAGGUGUCUGUCGUCCGCUCAUGUAUACAGAUCAGCAGCGAGCACAAAACUAUAAGUCAAACGCUCAUCCAGAGAAUGCAACAAUCUAUUAAUCAUAUAACCAAUCGUCGUAUUGACUGGGCGGAACGAUCCAAACUGAUAACUGAUGCGCUCGAAGGGCAGACGAAGAAAAAAGAUGAGAUGGACAGUAAGACUAAAAGAGGUAGUAAAACCAAAAGAGAUAGUAAGACGAAGGAGGGGAGUGAUAGAUGCAUGCCGACAUUAUCUGACGAGGACAAUUUUUGGUAUUUGCUAUGCACAUUGAAGGAUGAUCAUUUGAAGAAUGAUCAUUUGAAGAAUGAUCAUUUGAAGGAUGAUCAUUUGAAGAAUGAUCAUUUCAAAUCAUUUAAUGGUUUAACGAUCGCAUGUGAGAUGGUUAAAUAUUACAAACCCAAGGUAGUUGGACCCUCCUUGAUGUAUGAAUUGGAAUUAAUCUUAAGUAAUGACCAGAAUAUACAGUAUCUAGCUACCAGUAAAAAAGGAGCGGAGCUUUUGCAAUUAAUCCUACAGCAUUAUCCAGACAAGCUCAAAUCGUUGGUCAGAGAUCAUGUCAUGAACAGUUUAGACACUUACUGCUUCAAUGCUUACUCAAGCUACCUCGUGAAGGACGUCUACCAGCAACUUGGUUCCAAAAAAUUACAGCACAAGUUCAUCACAAACAUCAAGCCACAUGAGAACCAAAUUCGACUAAGGAACUUUGCCCUUCAUCAAACGCUCAAUCUUGACAAGAUUCUACAUCACUCGUCCACUGAGCGGUUUGGCUCAUGA